AUGUGCACCAGAGACACGAGAUACUUGGUGAAUGGAAAUCUGUCAACCAGCAAAUCCGAAGCUAGGAAGGUCCAGCAGAAGGUCGUGAGAUAUUACAUGCAAGACGACAAGCUUAUUCACAUAUCAUACUAUAGCCCUCAUCUCACUUGCAUAAAGUGCUCUCAAACACUUAAGGUCCUCUGCAAAAUUCACGACGACGAGUGUGGCAACCACUCAGAGGGCAGGUCACUCGCCCAGAAGGCUCUAAACAAAGGCUAUUUCUGGCCUACCAUGCGCCACGACUCCACCGAAUAUGCUAGGAGAUGUGAUCUCUGCCAACGGUACAAAUCAGUUCCUAACCUACCUGCCGAAGUCUACCAUCUGCAGAAUAGUCCAUGGCCAUUCAUGCAAUGGGUCAUUGACCUAGUAGGUCCCUUGCCACCGGUGCCCGCCAAGAAAGAUAUGAUGAUCGUUGUCACUAACUACUUUACUAAAUGGAUUGAGGCCGAAGCCCUAUCCUCUACCAAAGAAACAUAA